AUGUUUGAAUAACUUGAUUGGGUUAGUUUUGGGGUGCAAUAUAUGUCUAUAAAGAUAUAAUUAAAAUUAAUCCAACACAUGAUCUAUCAUAUUAAAAAAUAGGUAUUCCAUAUUCUUAAUAAAUUAGAUGAUAUCUUAAGAGAUUUAAAAUCUUAUUAAUAAGCAAAGAAAUUUUAUGAUUAAUGCAUUUCAAUACAUCUAAAUAAUUCAAACACUUAAUUUGGGAAAGUUUUAAUAGAAUAUAUUAUUUAGGCGAAUCUUUAUUAAUUUUGAAAUUGUUUUUGGUCUAAGGGAGACUUAUUAAUUUAAUGAAACCUUAUAAUAUUAUGUAAAAGCUAUUGAAAUUGAUAAAUCUAAGUUAGAGUAGUACAUGAGUUAGGGUAAAAUAUGAAGAUAAAUAAAUUAGGAGAAUGCUUAGUCAACUUAAGUAAAAUCUCAAGAAGCAUUAGAUGUUUAUGA